AUGUCUCUUUGUCAGCACGUGAAGCGGACGAAAGACCCGUUUAUGAUGGCUGUUCUGCUCGAGGAUCUCUCGGCCUGUGUGGGUGUUAUUAUUGCUGGAUGUGGCAUCGGGGCCAGCCAUAUUACCGGCAACACGCUGCGGGAUAGCCUCGCAAGUGUUUCUAUUGGUGUGCUUCUUGGUGGUGUUGCAGUAUCACUAAUCCGUCUGAACCAAAAGUAUCUAUUGGGUCAGUCAGUGGAGCCAAAAAUUGAGAAUGGUAUCCGUGAGUUGUUGCUGGCACGUCCGUCCAUUGACAACGUGUAUGCUGUCCAGUCACAGUGGGUUGGACCAUCGACAUUUAGCUUCAAGGCUAAAGUGGACUUUGAUGGAACGUACUUGGCAGCGAGACUAUUACGAAUGUACAAGCCGGUAUUUUUGGAAACAAAGGAUUUGGAAAAUGAUCUAUCACUCAUUCUAUCCUGGUACGCAGAGGAUGUGACCCGUCUUGUAGAGAAAGAGGUGCAAGAGGUCGAAGAGGUGAUUCGUAGCAUUUACCCUGAGGCCGCCUUCAUCGAGCUGGAACCUGAUAGUAAAGAGUCAGAGAUGCAAGCCGUGUUAAGUAUGCAGAUGAAGUCCUCCCGUACUAGUGAGCGAGAAGCUAUGACACGAGCACUAGCCCUCCUUGCACGGACAUUAGAGCGCAAGACAACAGACGGUGAUCGUCCUGCUACUACUACCAGCGCACAAAGUUAA